UCAAGUUGCCAUAGCAGGGAAAAGGAAGUCCCAUCAUAGUUACAAUACAAAGCAGUAGUAUUACAGCUGGUUGGUUUGCGGUUUAUAUAUAUUUUUGACGGUACAUAGAUGCGAUUGAGAUAAAAUCCCGUUGGCUUGCAGUCACCACGUUGCGACAGCCGUGCCGAUGCCAGCAGCGCCAGGACCAUGGCGGAGUCCUCCAGCGAAUCGGACACUUAUCUUGGCUCUCGGGGAGGCCCGUCGAGGGGGCGGGACGGACGUCCCAAGCACAGGAGUACGAGGCCCAGGGGGGACGGCGACAUUUCGAGGAAGAUUGACACCUUGGCCGACACUUUAGAGGACACCAGUAGGAAUCUCCACAAUGUGGAUCGGAUGCUGGGUCAGUACAGGCAGCACACAGAUGACCAAGCCAAAUCCAUGGCGGCGCUGAGGGGGGACCUCGAGGACUCCAUCCAGCAGCUACGGAGCCAGCGGUCACGGGGGGCGGCCACCGCCCACAGCCCCUCCCCAUCCACAAUCCACACCAGCGACUUGGAGGCAGGGUACAGCUCAGAAGGUCAUCGCUACCUCCCAACCUCCCCACUGAGGCACCAUGGUGGUCCGGAGUCCGCGGCCAGGAGACGGUCCCGGUCAGCCUCCGUGCGAUUCAGGGACCCCGGGCAUCAGGAUAUCCACAGCCUGCACCAGUCUCUCAGGGACCUGCGGAGCGACCAGAUGCAGCUCGGGGAGGAUGUGGACAGGGAGAUCUUGCAGCGGAACAGGUCUGAUCUGGAGACCAGGAAGACUCUAGAAGCUCUGUCUGACCAGCUGCGUACCUCUCAGAGGGACGAAUCGGUGUCAUCGCGGGUGGAGCAGCGCCUGCUGGAGAUGGAGAGGGAGAUGCGCUCGAGCCGGCAGGCGCUGGAGAGGCGUCCAGAGCCCCGGGGGAAGGUGUCACCUGAGCUGCAGGAGGUGCUGAAGAAGAGAGAGAAAGAGGAGGAGGAGGCCAUGAAGAAUCGACUGCUGAAAUCGGAACGUGAGCGAAGCAAGGUGGAGCUGGAGCUGGAGAGGGCCAGAAGGCAGCUGGACAAGUCGGAAGGCAGCCAGGAUGCUCUGCUCCUUCAGGUAGAGGAGCUGCGUCUCCAGCUAGCACGGACCGAGAAGCAGAGCAUGGAGGUGCAGCUGCAGACGUCGCGGCUCCUCGCUGAGCAACGGAGCACCACUGAUGGCGGAGAUCUCUCCCGGGGCUUAUUGGAGCAUGAGGUGCAGGAGCUCCGUAGGCAGCUGGCCGGUGGUGGACCCCUGAGAGAAGUAGAAGAGCUAAGGAGGACUGUGGAGCGCAAGGAGAGGGAGCGGGCCCAGCUGUCUGUGCGUGUGGAGACACUCUCCUCUGAUUUGGAGCGGCGGGAACAGCAGCAGCUGCAGAUGCUGAGCCAGCUGAAGGAGCUGGAGGUGCGCUCGGAGGCAGAGCAGGCCCGUGUGGGCCGGAGCCUGGCUGAGGCAGAGGCGGAGCGAGCCCGUGUGGGCCGGAGUCUAGCUGAGGCAGAGGCGGAGCUGGCCCAGGGAGAGCGGAGGAGGGAGGAGCUUAGGACACGGGCCCAGGAGGCCGUGCGGCAGUGGAAAGGUCGUUGUAAGACUUUGGAGCGGGACCAGGAGGAGCGGCGCCGAGAGGCCCAACGGAGCACUGACGAAGCCCAGCAGGCGGCUAAGGAGAAGGAGGCUGCUCAGGCACAGCUACGAGCCCUAGGACACCAGGCAGAGGGGCUCCGCAAGGAGCUGGCGGAGGCCCUGGCCAGGCUGUCCCAGCGUGAGGAGGAGCUGCGUCGGCGUGAGGAGGAGCUGCUGGAGAGCCGGGCCCGCCUCCAGAGUGUGGAGCGAGAGGCACGGGAGGCCCAGGAAGCAGCGCGGGCCUUGGGAGCACAGGUGGAGCUACAGGGCCCUCUGCGGGAGCGGCUCUGCGCGGAGAAGCGGGUGCUGGAGGCGCAGGCGGGGGCAGAGCGGGCGGCCCUACUGGAGCUGCAGGGGUCUGUGAGGGAGCUGAGCGCGGCGCGGGCAGCACUGGCCGAGCGGCUGGCUGUGGAGGAGCGGGAGGAGGCGGGACUCCGUCAGAGGCUGGACAAGGCACAGAAGGAGGCUGCGUCCCUGGGCCAACAGCUGCGGCGGGAGAAGGAGCUGCGUGAGCAAGAGUCUGCCAGCCUACGGGCAGAGCUGCGGGACAGCGAGGCGAGGCAGGAGCGGGCCGUGCUGGAGGGACAGGCGCUGGAGGUGCAGCUGGAGCAGCUAAAGGCAGAUGCGGCGGCAGAUAGGGAGCUGGUGCGGGCACACCGGAGGCAGGUGGAACGCAUGAAAGCGGAGUGCGACAAGCUGUCGGAGGAGCAGGCCCGGGCCGAGGAGGGACGCGAGCAGCUGCGUAGGAAAUACCAGCUUCUCAAGCAGGACCUGGAGAAGAAGGCGAAGCUGGUGGUUAGGAGCGAUGAUUACCUCCGCGGCAUGGACGGCACAAUCACAGAGCUCCGCGAGCAGGUAUCCCGCCUGGAGGCGGAGCGGGAAUCUGUCCUGGGUGCCGUGGGAGCAGAGAUCGAAUCUGCCUGCCUGGCGCUCUCCAGGGAAUCGGAGGAGAAGCUGAAGGCAAUCUCCCUGAACCCUGGCCUUCAAAAGGACCCCCACCGCUGGCUGGCUGAGACCAAGACCAAGCUGCAGUGGCUCCGUGAGGAGGUGAAGGAGCGCGAGGGCCGGGAGAGGAAACUGCGACGCCAUCUCCAGCAGGGACGGGAGCAGUUGAAGGGCCUGAAGCAGGGCAGAGAGGCGGAGCAGCAGGUCCUCCUGGAGCGCAUCACUCAACAGGAGCGCCUCCUGCAGGACAUUCAUGGAGAGAAGAGAGAGCUACUGCAGGAGAUGCGCAGGAAGGAUGAGGAGAUGAGGAGCCUACAGGAUCGAAUACUGGAUCUGGAAAUGAGUACAAAAUUAGCCCUGGAUCAUCUGGAAUCAGUGCCCGAGAAGCUGAGUUUACUUGAAAACAUCAAGGACCUUGAGGAGUCCCAGCGCCAUCGGGAGGUGGUGGAGCAGCGCUAUGCCAAGUACAGGGAAAUCGUGGGUGACCUGCAGCGCCAGCUGGAGUCGUCCAAAAGGAGGAUCCAGGAGUACAGGGACGAGAAGUUAGACGCCAUGUCCCGCAGCGUCCGAUUGGCUGCCUUCUCGUCCUCCGUCGGCCAGAGCAGCUUCCUGUCCAGCACCCUCCUCGCCGACAGCGCUUCACCACCAAGGCGUCCUCCUUCCCCGGGGCUUGGCAGCCUGCUUGGAGGUGGACAGCCCCCUGUGCGCGGUGCCAAGGCCCUGCUGGACAUCGAGCACACGGAGCGCCAUGCAUCGGCGUGUGUCAGCUUUCAGUCAAGCCACACUGCUGGGGGAUGAAGAGUAGAGAAGGAAGAGGAGGAGGAGGAUGGGUGGCAGCAGAAUCCUGCGGACGGACGUGGUCCUCAGAUGUCUCUGCUGUCCAUGCGAGCUGGAUCAGCGCUUCUGCUACCCACUCUGCUGUUACCUGCCUUUUUAUUAAUCCAGACUCCGCAGUGUGAUCUGUUAGCAUUUGUAUUAAAUAUUGACAGUUUUUAUUUUUUUUAAACAAAGGUGCUUCAGUCAAUAUUCAGUGGUGGAGACAGAUAUACUGUGUUUACUGGGCUCUUUUUUAUAUAUAAUGCUUAAAAAGAACAUGUUUUAUAAAUGGGGGAACUUGGAAAAUCCUGGUGCCUUUUUUCUCUGAGUCAAAUUUGUAUAUGCUCUUGUUUUACUCUGUCGUAUGGUGCCUGUGUGCUGCAGCUCUACACAGAGUGGACUGAAAAACAAAGAUUUCACCUGUUUUUACAGCGACUUGAUGUUAUUGCUUUGCUUUGAUCACUGUAUUGAACUUGGUGGUUUUUAUCCACUUCACUGCGUAUGGUAUAUGUGUAAAUUAUAUGUCUCACGUGCAGUUUAUUGUGCAAAGUUGAGAGAGCACAAAACCUGAAAUUGUAUGUUUUUCUGGAAAGCUCACAAAGCAAACGUAAAAUGAAAAUUAAACAGCCAG